GACCCGCCGUCGGGCACGCGCGACUUCGAGCCCGGGGACAUGCGCGUGCGGAACUGGCUCUUCGGCGCCAUGCGCGAGACGGCGCUGGAGUUUGGGUUCAAGGAGUACGACGCGCCCGUGCUCGAGCACGUCGAGCUCUACGAGCGCAAGGCCGGCGAGGAGAUCUCGUCGCAGAUGUACAACUUCGUCGACAAGGAGGGCGCCCGCGUGACCCUGCGGCCCGAGAUGACGCCGUCCCUCGCGCGCAUGGCGACGGGCGAGGUCCGCGCGACGCUCCCGCUCAAGUGGUUCUCCAUCCCGCAGUGCUGGCGCUUCGAGACGACGCAGCGCGGCCGCAAGCGCGAGCACUACCAGUGGAACAUGGACAUCGUGGGCGAGCGCGGCGUCACGGCCGAGGCCGAGCUGCUCGCGGCCGUCGCGCGGUUCUUCUCGCGGCUGGGCGUGACGUCGGAGAUGGUCGGCGUCCGCGUGAACUCGCGCAAGGUCCUGGACGUGGCCAUCACCAAGGCCGGCGUGCCCGGCGACAAGUUCGCGCGCGUCUGCGUCGUCAUCGACAAGCUCGACAAGAUCGGCGCGUGCGCGGUCAAGGAGAUGUUAACCGAUACGUCCGGCGACGACCCGCUCGCGCUGCCGCCCGCGACGGCGGACGUCAUCCUCGCCUGCCUCGAGGCCAAGUCCGUCGCGGAUUUGGCCACGACCGUCGGGCUGCCCAUGACGGACCCGGCCAUCGCGGAGAUCGCGCAGCUCUUCGAGCUCGCGGACUCGUACGGCGUCGGCGACUACCUCCAGUUCGACUCGUCCGUCGUCCGGGGGUUGGCCUACUACACGGGCGUCGUCUUCGAGGCCUUCGACCGCAAGGGCGAGCUCCGGGCUAUUUGUGGCGGCGGCCGCUACGACAAGCUGCUCGAGCUCUACGGGGGAGAAAAGUGCGACAUCCCGUGCGCGGGCUUCGGCUUCGGCGACUGCGUCAUCGUCGAGCUGCUCAAGGAGAACGGGCUGCUCCCGAAGCUCGGGCCGUCCGUGGACGUCGUCGUCGCGCCCUUCUCCGCGGCCAUGCAGGGCCCCGCGGCGGCCGUCGCGGCGAAAUUGCGGUCCGCGGGGCUCACGGUCGACGCGGCGCUGCAGGCCUGCAAGGCGCGCAAGGCCUUCGACCUCGCGAACCGGGCCGGCGCGCGCCUCGUCGCCUUCGUCGCGCCGGACGAGUGGGACGUGGGCAAGGUCCGGGUCAAG